CGGUAUUUCGACGCGCGUGUCUGACUGUUGUCAAUAGUGUUGUUAGUGACAAAUGGUGACAAAAGUAAGCUGACAAAACUCGGUGUUCGCUGUCAUAUGAGCUUGGUACGUCCGAGCGAAAUUUUGAAUACAUUCAUCAACCCUGUCCGAGGUUAGAGUUCGGACCGGCAUUGCUACUCGUGAAUAAAUUACGCGUAGAAUAUUGUAAUCGAAAUGAUUAGUGCGGCCCAAAGUUGAUGAAACGAGGCUCGUCACCCAGGAUCUGAAACCCGGCAGCAGACUGGUGCUCUUCGAAAAUGCUACGGAGCGUCCUCGUCCUCGCGAAUCAUCAUUAAAUCAACCGAUCAAGGUCAGUACUGGUGAAAUCGGUGCAAGAUGUCGUCGGAAAGCUCACCCGAGGAGACAUCGAAUGCCAUGACGAGGCUUAACAUUCGAUCGGACAGCGAAGAGGCCGAGGAACAACAGGCCGCCGAUGGUGGGGCAGAACCUGCGGUCGAGUCGCCUCAGAACAUGCAAACGUCCGGAGGCAUCGCCUAUUCACGGACACGCAGGGCUCCCGCGAGGAUUGUCUGCGAGGACGAACAGCCGUCGACAUCAGUCUCGACCCCUCAAGUCAGGUGCUCAGAGCCUUCGACUUCCGCCGGCCCCUCUGACAGGUCAGUUCCUCGACGAAGCAGACCGCCCAGCAAUUCUGUAAAUACAUUCCACCUCGAAGCCCGACCACAAGGCAGUGUUGUGGUAGAGUCAGCGCCUCUUCAUAGACCGCCUGUGACUACUUACAACUGGCAAGGAACUAAAACUACAAUGCGCGAGCGAUUUUCUUUCUUGUUUAACAAUGAGAUAUUAUCGGAUGUGUCUUUUCUGGUUGGCCGAGGGGCUCAACAGCAACGAAUUCCUGCGCACAAGCUGGUAUUAGCUGCAGGCAGUGCCGUCUUCGAUGCAAUGUUCAACGGUACCUUGGCCACUUCUGCAUCUGAGAUAGAAGUGCCGGAUAUUGAACCAGCCGCGUUUUUGGCUGUCCUGCUCUUCCUCUACACCGAUGAAAUACAAAUUGAUCCUGAGACUGUUAUGACGACUCUCUACACUGCUAAGAAAUAUGCUGUCUCACCGCUGGAGAAACACUGUGUUGAUUUUCUCAGAAAUAACCUAACCAGUGAUAAUGCCUUCCUGUUACUCACCCAGGCUCGGUUAUUCGAUGAACCUCAGCUUGCUGCAGUGUGCCUCGACACUAUCGACAAAUUUACCACAGACGCCUUCAAUGCGGAUGGAUUCACUGAUGUCGAUAUUGAUACACUCAUGGUUGUGUUAGAAAGAGACACCCUUCGCAUUAGGGAAUCUAAGAUUUUCCAUGCCGUUGUUAGGUGGUCAGAGGCAGAGUGUGCACGUCAACAGCUUCCAAUCACACCAGAGAAUCAACGCUCUGUUUUGGGCAGAGCGCUGUCAUUGGUUCGAUUUCCUUUGAUGUCGGUAGAGGAGUUUGCCGGUGGUCCUGCACAGUCCGGUCUUCUGACCGAUCGAGAGGUGGUUUCGGUAUUUUUAUACUUUACCGUCAAUCCAAAACCUUCGGUUGGAUUUGAAGCCAUGCCUCGCUGCUGCAUGAUGGGAAAGGAGCAGACGGUAUGCAGAUUUCAACAAACUGAGAAAAGAUGGGGCUACAGUGGGACCAGCGACAGAGUCAGAUUCAGUGUCGAUAGGCGAAUAUUCCUCGUUGGUUAUGGAGUCUACGGAAGUAUUCACGGGCCCGCAGAAUACGACGUUAAGAUUGAACUCAUACACACAGCUUCAUCCAAAGUUAUCGCGACAAAUCAUACCAGCUUUAGUUGUGACGGGUCGAGGUACACCUACAGGCUCAUGUUCAAAGAGCCGGCGGAAAUUUUGCCCAAUACUAUUUAUACUGCCUCUGCGAUGUUUAAGGGACCAGAUUCUCACUACGGUUGUAAGGGGCUUCGCAAAGUGGAUGUAGACUGCGGUAAUGGUGACGGUAAAGUAAGGUUCCAGUUCAGCUACGCGGCUGGUAAUAACAACGGUACGUCCGUUGAGGACGGACAGAUACCAGAAUUGAUAUUCUACACCUGAGCUACGAUAAUUAUAAGCGAUUUCCAGCCGAAUUAUCUGCUUUUUAGGGUGAUUUCAUCGAUCUUGUUUAACAUCGAUGUUUUUUUAUUUUAUCAAGAUAAGAAUUAUUGAUUGGGGGUAUUUAAUUAUUUGAAUGUUCGGAAACAAGAAUAAAGUAGUGAAAAAAGGAAUGUCAAUAUUUCGGGAAGUGUUAAUCGCGUAAGGAUUGAUUUUUUUCUUAAAUGACACGAGAUCAGUGAAAUCUUCGAUAUUCUGGCGAAAGAAAGGGUACAAUUUUUUUUUUUUUCAAAUAAUGUUAAUUUUAUCCGGACAAAUUAUUCUUUCUCUCGAAAAUAUUUCUUUUAUUUAUAUGAAUACGUUUGACAUGUGCUUGCAUAUAUCCGGAAAUUUAAAUUUCGUUGCAUAUACUGCGUAAAUGCAUACUUUGUGGGGAAAAACACCCACUUUAUUCCAUUAAUAUUUUUGUACACAUUGCAGUUUGAAUUUUGAUUUGUCUUUUCAAUAAAUUUUUGAUAAAUAGAGGAAUAAUUAACGCUUCGAGUUACUAUUUGAAUUGUCCAUUUGUUUCGGCGUGAACGGAGAAUGUCCAAGAAUUUUGCUAAAUCGGUAGGGUUGUUCAGAAAUGCAGUCGAUCCGGCUUAGAACAGCCUUAUUAGCGUUGCUGCCGUAAUUUCACUGCAUUCCUUUUUAUAGGACAUGAAGAUUCUGGAAAUUUUUCCACGUACCGUUGUAUUGUUUAAAAAGUUUCACGUAUCAGAACGUAUUGCUGAUACGUUCAUGUAACUUUAGGAAAUCAUUCGCAAUUUCAAAAAAUUCUUGUACGUCGUUUUUCAAAUAUGGAAUUUUCAAUUCAGUUUAUGCAUAUGCUGUUACGGACAACGUAAUGCUAAACCCCAUGAAUAACACUAAAAUGCCCAGUUGAAAAGCUGGAAGUUGAACAAAGACUGUAAACAGCUAAUCAUAAUACAUUUAAUAAGACCUAGAUACAAAAUUUGCAGCAGUCUUGCGCGUUGUUUGCGAAUAGUUUCCAUUUCCUGGCUAGUGAGACUACUUAACCGUAGUAUUAACACAUAUUAUGCUUUCUAUGUAUUAUAAAUUAAGUUACUUUAUAUUAUUUUUCAAUUAAUUAAGGUUAAUAAGUUGUAUGGAAAAAUUCGCACCAA